AUGCUAAGAAGCUAUGGUCUUUUACAUAAGAAUUUAGUUUUAUAUCAGAAGACUGUUCUUAAUUAAAUAAAUAGCUAAAUUAUACCAUGCAGGCUAUAUAUAGGAUAUAUCUUAAAAUUUUAUCUAUAUAUUUCUUUGCCUCGGAAUAAGAUAUGCAUUGAACAUACGCCGCGGAGAAGUGUGGAUAAGACAUGAGGAUAAAAAUGACACUUUGACUCAUUGUACGAACAAAAGAAAUUAAAUAAGAACAAAAAAACUAGAUUUAACUUCACUGUGAAUAAUUUUGUACUGUGCUACUGAAUUAAAAGAUAAGAUUUUGCGAAAAAUUAAUAUUUGCAAAAAUAAAAAAGGUUCUGUCGCACAGGUUGUCAAUCCUUAUAAAAUAAAACAUUUGCUACCGUUUAAACUAUAAUCAAAAUAACAAACAUUUAGGAUAAUGGCAAAGAAAACGUACGAUUUACUUUUUAAGUUGUUGCUGAUCGGCGACUCAGGAGUAGGAAAAACUUGCAUACUUUUUCGUUUCUCAGACGACGCAUUCACCUCCACUUUUAUUUCGACUAUUGGAAUUGACUUUAAAAUCAAAACAGUCGAACUGAGAGGUAAAAAAAUUAAACUCCAAAUAUGGGACACAGCUGGCCAAGAACGUUUCCACACAAUCACGACAUCCUACUAUCGUGGUGCUAUGGGCAUAAUGCUGGUAUAUGAUAUAACAAAUGAAAAGAGUUUCGAAAAUAUAGUAAAAUGGUUGCGAAAUAUAGAUGAGCAUGCGAAUGAAGAUGUUGAAAAAAUGAUACUGGGCAAUAAAUGCGAUAUGACAGACAAGCGUGUGGUGAGCAAAGAACGCGGAGAAGCGAUUGCCGUGGAACAUAGCAUCCGAUUUAUGGAAACAUCUGCCAAAUCUAAUAUCAAUAUCGAACGCGCAUUUUGCGAGUUGGCUGAAGCUAUUCUAGAUAAAACUUCUGGUAGGGAGGCUGCAGAAAAUCCCGAUCGUCUAGUAGUUGAUCGUCGAAAUAAUGAAAAGGCGCCUGCUUAUAAAAGUUGUUGCUCUUAAGUUUGCUUAAUACAACAGACUACGCCACCAACAGCACCACCACCAAUUACCACUUUUACAUCCUUAUUGAUACUACAAAAUAACAAAUCAGAGGCAAAGAAUCAAUGCAAAUCAUUAGAAUAUAGUAUUGCCUAUAACAAAAAUAAGAUACUAUCAUUUUUUUACGUAAUGAAAAAAUAAUUAAUCAUCAACAGCUACUCAAUUCACUACUAAUUACUAUGUGUAUUGUAAUUUUACGAUAAGAGGGAAAGAAUUGAAAUGUUUGUAAAAAGUGAGAAAUGUUAAAUGCAAUUGCUUCUGCAGUGAUUUACAUAUUUAGGUGAUCUUAUAUGCUUACUCGCUUCUAAAAGAAAAUUUGAAAGAAAAAAAUUAAUGAAUUAUAAAAAACUAAAUUAAAAUAUAUGUACAUGUUAGUUGUAAUAUUUUGGCAAAAUAAUUUGGUUGGAAUUAGCAUUUUAUGUCCCAUUUCUACAUAUUACACAGUUCACUUUCUUAUACAAGAAGCUUUGUGUCAUUAAUUAAAAUUUCAAUUAUAAAGUGUGCUCACAUACAUACGUACUAUUAAA